AGCUGCGGUACGUAUAGAUCGAGUAAGAGUAAGAGAAUAGAAGGAGUCAGUCGAUCGUCGAAUCAAGCGAGAAGAACAGAAAGAGACUCCAAAGACUGAAGACGACGACAAAGAAAAUCAUCCCCAGAAAAGCGGAGACUGAAAAUCAACCGAACAACGAACAAACACUCGCAUCGAACUCGACCUGUAUUUCCGGAUUCCCCCGCCCACCUUCCCACCCUCAGAGCAAGCACCUGGCCUUGCCUCCACCGACCCACCCAAUCAUGGCUGGGCGAGGCAGUUUCAGUCUGUCCCAGGUGCCGGAGGCCGAAUUCCUCGAGUAUCAACGGGGCGGCACGCAGCCGGAAAAUGACCGCCAAAUUAGCUCCCGCAUCGUGACCGACGUAUUGGCCGGAGUCCAGCGCAGCUUCGCCACUGAAGGCGUCUCGCCCGACAUCAUGGAUAAACUCAGGGACUUGUGGCUGUCCAAAAUCCGACAACUCGAAUCCGAUCGGCCCGAUUUGAGUGUCUCGGCCGAGUUGGACGCGGUGGUGGCCGCUGCAGAAGAGGAGGAGGAAGACGAACCCGGUAGCAUCGUCAUCGCUCAGGCGUCGCGGUUAUCGCCGGAUGAAGCGGCCGGGCCCUCGAGCUCGGCCGCGCCGCAAUUGCGCUUGGCAGCCGCUUUGGCCCGACCCUCGUCGGCUAAAGGCCAGAAGCGGGUCAAGCGCCGGAAGGUCAUUUCGCAGUUUGAUGGACCCAAUGACACCUCGGAUGACGAGGAUGACAUUGACAAGGAAGAUGAGGACGAUGAUGAUGAUGACGAUGACGGGGAUGAUGACGACGACGAUGACGACGUCUUGAACGAAGACGAUGACAACGACGACGGAGGGCCCGAAGAGGAACCCUUGGGGAGUGGCGAUGACAUCUCAGAUGAGGAUCCCGAGGACCUCUUUGACACGGAAAAUGUGGUUGUUUGUCAGUACGAUAAGAUCACCCGCGCCCGGAACAAGUGGAAGUUCCAUCUCAAAGACGGGAUCAUGAACCUAAACGGCAAGGAUUAUGUGUUUCAGCGCGCCACGGGCGAUGCCGAAUGGUAGGCCAUCGUUCGGACCGCCACUUUUGAAACUCGACGCGCGUUCUCCUCUUCCUCCUCCUCCUCCUCCUCCUCGUCAUCAUCAUUGUUCCCACACCUUAUUCAAAACUAGCCACAUCAUCCUCGUGGUUCGUGUUUAUGCAUAAACCAUGUCAAAAGAAUUAAUAUGUCCACUCGUGUACCCCCGUGCCCGAAACUCGUUUUCCACAGCCGUUUGAGCUUUUUCCAGA